CUUUUAUUUCCCACAGGCGACUGUCUUGAUUUGGACCUUGGAAUGGAGAGUGGAAGCAUACCUGACAACCGGAUAACUGCCUCAUCUCAGAUCUCCCAAGCCAAGAACGGGCGAUUAAACAGAAAAGGAUCUUGGUGUGCGUCUACGAGUGAUAACAAUCCCUACCUGGAAAUUGAUUUACAGACAUUUCAUAUCAUAUGCGCUGUGUCUACCCAGGGGGAUUCCCUAGCAGACAAUUGGGUAAAGACAUACAGUCUACAGAUAUCAACCGAUGGAACUUUUUGGACAAAUUACAACGAGUCUGGAAAAGUUAAGGUAAACUGCAUACCUUUAUUUUCUGUUGGCAGCUCACUUUUCAGGGAAGUACCUUAACCUCUUUCAUUCCCAAAACUGAAGUCUAAGUCAAAAGAUUUUUUGAAAAAAGAUUUUGUAAACUGCUGAAAAACAAAUAGUACAAUGUGAAAGCGCUGUCAAAGAGGUCUCAUUUCAACGAUCGCGCCAUUAUUCUGUCUUUAUAUUGGUUUUAGAUCUUUUCGGGGAAUGACGACAGAGACACAGAGAAAACGAACAUUAUCAAUGAAGGCUUGUUGACGAGAUGGCUACGAUUUGUAGCAAAAAGAAGUCAUAACAAGUUUUGUAUGAGAAUCGAGCUGUACGGAGUGAGGCAAAAGCCAGGUAAAUCAGUUUUGACUUUAAAGUGAAACCGUAUCUCUGUUUCCUUGUACUUGGUUAUGUUGAAAUAUGGAAAACGAUGGUAAAGCGCAAUCUCGUUUCAAGGGUUCUCUCCUACUCGUUUUCCAGGGGACAAGUAGUCGUUUUCCAGGGGGCAAGUAAUCGUUUUCCAGGGGACAAGUAGUCGUUUUCCAGGGGACAAGUAGUCGUUUUCCAGGGGACAAGUAGUCGUUUUCCAGGGGGCAAGUAGUCAUUUUCCAGGGGCAAGUACUCGUUUUCCAAGGGGCGAGUAGAAGGUCGAGAAACCUGUGAACAAGUUUGGCUUAAGCGACGAGAACGCGACGUCAUAAAUAGCAACCGUGAACUUUGAUGUUUCGCUUGAUGGAACUUCUUCCUGUCGAAACGAAAACCUUGUUUUAGCUACUAUAGUAUGACGUCAUCUGCUCAGAGUACAGUAAGAAAGAGAAGAUCCGCUUUCGGUUUGAAGUCGACGUCAUCCUCGUUCAAGGUCAUUACUGGAACAUUAUGGUCAAUUUUCUAAAUAACACUCAACAGUUUUCUUUUCUUUUGGACACAGAUAACCUUGCGACUGGCAAAAACGCAUACCCGCACUUAGCUUGCUUUAGUACUUCGGAAAACACGUCGUAUUGGCAUCACAACUGCUCUCAAACUGCAGCUAACAACUCCAACUGGUGGCGUGUUGAUCUGGGGUCGGAUCAUGUUUCAGUAUCAGAAGUCCUUGUUUUUGACGGGCGUUCACAGGCUUUGGGGCAUAGAAGUAAAAACUUUAUACUAACACUAGGUGAGUGAUUUGAUAAACGUCACGAGUGAAGGCGCGAUAUCUGCCGCUUAAUCAGGUCCAGAUUCCCCGCUUAAAAUGAACACGUGACGUUAUCUUCAUGACAUUAUCCCCCUUUUUUAUGAAACAAAGUCAAUGACGUCAUCGUCGUUUUAUUGUAUCUGGACUAAAUUAAUGAUAUUCCUGCGAAGAAGUGAGCAAAAACUCCCUUCUAUAAUGCUCUUUUAUAUUUAAAGAUCUAUUCUUUACAAGGUCUGAGGGAACUCAGUAGUUGUCUGUCAAUAAAAGUCAAGCACGUUAAAUAACUCCCGGUGUGAAUGGCUCCUGGUAUAUUAAAGCUCUGUAUCUGACAUAGUCGGAUAGAACUCAACAGGUGUCAAACAAUUGUAAACCCUAGUGUGAACAGUACUUUAUACAUUUUUUAUUUUCAUAAUGGUUGUUGCUGCUGUUGUUGUUUUUUAAUUAUUGUAAAGAGACAUUUUAAUCGCAAGAGAAAUUGUACUUGUAAUUGUUUUGAAUUUUAAUCUUGGUAUUUGUACUGUUGUAAAGCGCCAUCAGAUGUUAGGACAUAUUGCGCUAUAUAAAUACAUUAUUGUUAUUAUUAUUGAUAUUAUUAUUAAGGUUUGCCUUUUUCGUGGUCAGAAGGAGCUCAGUAGGUUUCAAGCACGUUUAAACCCGGAUUUAAACUGCGCCUGAUGUAUUAAUUAACGCCCUUCUUGUUUUAUAUGGUAGGAAGGAAUUCUUCAGUCUCAAGUAAUCCUGCGUGUGUUGGACGGUACAGUUUUGCUCAGUUUAAAUCUUCAGCUGUUUGUUACACCAAUCCUCUUCAUACUGGUAGAUAUCUCGGUAUCGUCGCCACAGAUAAACAGGGUCUUAGUCUGUGCAAAGUGGAAGUUUACUCACGAGGUAACGUCAUGAACAGAGAGUUUAAGCUUCACGUAUACGGCAAACGGCAAACGCCAAAUUAAAUUUGAUAUUUCUCAGAACCGAAGAUGAACAGAUAAAAACAGCUCCAGACAAUUCUUAUGGUUUAAAAAAUUGCGUGAAACUACUAAUUUAUGUGUAGAAUUAAUGAACAGUAAACGACAAGUAAAGGGGGAACUUGGUCACGUGGUACAAAUUUGCGUUUUGUCGUUUGACGUAAACGUGAUGCAGUAGUUUCGACGGAAAAUCCGACUUGACGUGGUUAUUUCUUAUUUUUCAGUUCUAAAAGCGCUUCUCAUUUGUCGGAACUGGUCGGUCAGACCAUUUCCGUUUUCAUCCGGCGGGCCAGCUCUGACUUUUGAAAAGCACCCUAAUAUAGUAAGCCAGCUGUCUAGUGAGUCGUUGAUAGUAUUUUUUAGAACAAGUGUGGUUCCAGGAAAUUUUAUGUUUCGUCUGUUUUAGUGUUCAGUAAUGUGAUUGUUGACCUCACCAUUUCUGGUCGUUCAUUUGUCUUCAGUCAGUGGAUGGCCUUCGUUGCAGACAUAAUUUUACCUCAGUUAGGUUAUCAUUGUAAUUUUAAAAGUUGCUAAAAUACUUUUGGGAAUCUUUCUUUCGAGGCGUUGAAUUGAUUAGUGUUGAAACCAUGUGGUCACGUGAAACGUGAUGUCAUAACGAUAUUCAAAAGAAAAUUCCAAAUGGGGUAGGAAUGGUGAAUGCUUGGUUACAAUUAAGUCUGAACCAUAUAUCAUCAUAUAUCAUUAACAGUAAUAAAUUCAUUAGGAUUAUCAUUAUUUUCCCUAAUUGAAGGAAACCUGGCUUAUGGUAAGCAAACAGAUCAGAUGAGCACGUACACUGUCGGCUCCAGUGGCAGAGCGGUGGACGGGGACAGUAGUACAAAUAAUUUUUAUACUGACUUGACUUGUGCAAGCACACGAAGAGGAACUCCCAACCCCUGGUGGAGGGUGGACCUUGGACGAGUGGAGCCUGUAACCGAAGUGUACAUAGUCAACAGAGGUGACUGCUUUGGAGCAAGAUUAAGCUCAUUUGAAAUACGAGUGGGUAAGUCACAAAUAAUUUAAGGGGAGGAGAAGCCCAGUCCUUCCCUUUUGUUCCCCUCUCCGCUCCCUCAUGCCUUUCGAUAAUUGCCACACGCUCGAAAGCGUGAUUAUAACCGACAUUACCUCAGGAUAAUAAUUAAUUAUGGUGCCUCAUGCCUCCGGCGUGCAUACUCUACGCAUUCGGUACCAACUUGUUAGUAAGGGCUUUCUUGUUCGGUACAAGUUUGAACGGAAACUGAAGUGCGCUCGUACACGACGAAUAGAGUCUAUUUGGGAGGGGCGGGGGCGGGGGGGGGGACGAAAGUGCGUCGAAAUAAUAAAGGCAAAUAGGUAUAUUUUGAGUUCGAAUAUUUAAGGAUGAACACUAAAAGAACAGAACUGAGUGCCCAUUUGUAAAAGUAUCAAUAUCCUGUCCCUUAAUCUUAAUGUUAUAUGAAAAGAAAGCGGAGAAUGGAAAGAACACAAAUCAAAAAUCAUUUUGCUAUAAACAGAAACUUUCAUACACCGCAUUAGUUAGCUCUCUUUCGUUGCCUCGUAUUAGGGUAGCCUAAUUUACUUAAAAAUGAUUUAACAAUUCCUAGCGUGAAUAACAAUGGCUGUAAAGAUGGCUAGAUCUUCCCCAUUUUACCCAAAAAGUGGGAUCUCCUCGUCUACGGUUUUUAAAUAUCUUUUUCCAUUUACUUAUUUUUCUUAUUUAAUUACCUUAAAAUUUGUGUGAAACAUAGCUCUCUUACCUUUGACACCUGCAGCUAAUUCCUUAAGAACUGAUAUUUUUUCCCAGUCACUCUGAAACAAGAUUAGUUAGUGUACUUCUACUUAUAUUAUACCCCGACUCUUUUACCUUAAACGAUAAUUGAAAAAUCACUUUCUUAUUUUUUUUGUUUUUUGUUUUGUCUUUAUUUCUUUAUUUUUUCUUUCACUCUGUGUUGUAAUAAAUUCUUGGGACAAACGAAAGAUUUUCGAGGUUGAUAAAGUAGCAGUAGUGCAACCGAAGGAUGAUAAGACCUCGACAAAGAAAAAUCUAAGCAUAUCAUUUAUUGACUUUAUUUGUAGGCAAAAGUACUGUCAAUGGAGGUGUGAAUAAUCCCACCUGUGGUCGCAGUAACUAUAGUGUUCCCCAAGGGAAAGGCGCAUCCUUCUUCUGUCACCCGAGUUUACCCGGAAGAUAUGUAACUAUAAGAAGUACGUUGGAAGGUACUGAGCCACUUACACUCUGUGAAGUUGAAGUAUAUUCAGCACGAAGAGGUAUGCUUACUGAACUCUUACUGAUACUAAAGCCUCAUAUACACGAUCCUCAUUAGUUUUAAUUGGUCUAGAUAUCAUUACGUCACCCAGUCAGAGAUAACCCAAUUUUGUCCCAAGGGCCUUUGUUACCCUUGUUCCUUGGUGCUGACCAAACGUAUCGCAGCCUCUGGGAAGGAGAUUAGAGAUAACUGCGUAUUGAUAAUGCCUGUUCAUGCGGAGUAGAGAAGAAAGUUAAUUUGCUCCUGUUAAUGCUCUGCUCGCGUGCAGUUUGUUCGCGUUCUUCGGGAUUCAAUACAAAACGAAACAAAUAUACCGUUUUGAUGAUAAAUCCCGGCAUUAUUUAAGUCAAUCAAUCUGCUCUCCAAAGGAUAUUUUAUUCAUUGAUGACUUAAAGUUUGUAAAACUCUUUUCUUUCAAUGAAGUUUUGAUUGGUCUAGAUAUUAUUACGUCACCCACAGAUAACUGCGUACGGUCGCGCGCUCUCCUAUAUAUUUCGCUCGACUCUUCCAAGUAUUGCUCGAAGUGUAUCUGGGAGACCACGAAAUAACCUUAGAUUGUUUUAAAUACCGCGAAAAGGUCUUUAAAUUUCAUCACUAAAUGAAAGGUUAUUUUUAGCUUGUCAAAUUCAAGCACUUGGUGUGACCAGCAGAGAUGCCUUUCCAGACAGCAGCUUGUCAGCCUCGACAUCACGUGCUAGACACGAGCCCUUUAAGGCUCGACUAUUAAAUGAAAAUGGUGCUUGGUCACCCAGCAGCGACCUUCACACUGAUGACUACUUACAAAUUAACUUGCAUUACGAGUUCUUCAUCUGUGCUGUUGCGACUCAAGGAAAUCCAGUCACUGACCAAUGGACAACAAAAUAUAAGUUGCGUUUUUCACUGGACAGCAUCAACUGGCACAGCUACCAAGAGAACAACACAGAUAAGGUUUGUUAAACACAAGGAUAUAUGCAAUACUGGGCGCAGUACUUGACAAGUUCUGUAUAGGAAUAUAUUAUAAUUACUAUAGCUCUAACUUGACUUUUUGGAUUAGACUCAUAAUUUUUAGGGAUCAGAGCUUUUUCACACGCAGCUCCUAACAUAUGGAAUUCCAUGCCAGUCAGUUUACGCAUAUGUUAUAAGCUGAGCGCUUUCAAAUAAAAGAACACCACAUUUCUUUUUAAGUAUGCUUUUCCGUUGUCAUUUCAUGUGUUUUUUUUUUAACAAAUAAGUCAUUGUAAUAUUUUAUUAGGAUUAUUACUAUUAGUAUUGUAAAGUGCUUUGGAUCACUAAGAACAAGGUGCCAAAUAAGUGUUUAGUAUACCUGUAUACACACUCAGUGCUGUUGGUGAUUCGAGCCAUCUGAUUGGUUCGCUCGGGACUGUCUCCUCGGAUUAUGACGUUAUAUUCAACGUGCUAACGCGCUAGGCGGUGAAUAUAAAGAGACAAUAUCGCUGUCGUAAACUGAGUAUUUUGCCAAAGUUUCAAAGUAGGAACUCUUUGAAAAUACAAGAAUAUUCUAGUAUUGACGAUUCUGAAGAUAAGAAAAGAUUGUUUGAACAGUGUGAUUUAUUAUGAAGUAAUUUCACUGUGGCUAACCUUUUAUUUCGCGUUGUUUAGUUUUACUUUCGCUUGAAGCAAUGUUUACCACUACCGAGCAAAAUGAACGAGACUGCUUUGUCACUGUUUUGUGCACCCAGGAUUUCCUCGUAAGACCAAUUUUGCCUAUAGAGUGUUUUCACAUGACGUCACGGCGGCCAUAUUGGUGUCCCAAAACAAUGAAACGGCAGCCAUGUUGGUGUCUUAAACCAGUCCUGUGUGUGGGAUUUAAUCUCUUCUCUUAUGUAAAUGCUUUCUUUUGUUCCAAUAAAUUUGCAUAGAUGAUGACCACGUGAGUGAAAACGCUCUAUAAAUAGAAGUUUAUUUAUGGGAAAAAACUAGGGCAAAUAUUCUCCAAAAUUGAACGUGCCAGCAAGUAAACAACACACAGCAAGUAACCAACACAAAGAACACUGCAGAUAAACAACAUUCACUUCGAUCGUAGCCGCUGUUUACAUCCUUGUUACCCCUGUUCUCCGAAAUCCCCAUGUUCCCCUUGUUCCCCCUGUUCCUCCUUGUUCCCCUUCUUUCCCCUGUUCCCUGUGUUCUCCCUGUUACCCCGUUCCCCCUUCUUUCCGCGUUCCCCCUUGUUCCCCUUGUUCCCCCGUUCCCCCUUUUUUUCUCUUGUUCCUCUUGCUCCUCUUGUUACCCCGUUCCCUUUUGUUCCCUUGUUUCCCCUAUUCUCUCUUGUUCCCCCUGUUUCCCCGUUCCCCCUUGUUCUCCUUUCCCCCUUGUUUUCCUUGUUCCCCCUGUUUCCCCGUUCCCCCUUGCUCUCCUUCCCCGCCUUGUUUUCCUUGUUCCCCCUUUCCUCACUAAAUUUAGGAAAUAUAUAUCGUUUACUUACUGCAAGAUUUUAAUAUUUGCAUUUAUUAUGUCCAAACUGGACUACUGCAACUCUUUAUUAUCCGGACCUCGAUAGGAUCGUAUUUACAAACUUCAGCUUGUGCAAACUUCUGCCGCACGAACUUACCCAUUUUAAGGUCUCUUCAUCGGUUGCCUCCUCCGGAAAGAAUUGAUUUUAAAUUUUUACUGCUUGCAUUUAAAUCACUUAACGAUCUGGCCCCGCCUUUUAUGGAAGAAAUGUUAGUUCGUUAUUGACCAACUAGAACACUGCGUUGUGCAGAUAAGCCGCCACUAGAUUGGUCAUCUUGAGGGUUUUGUAGUUUCUAUUGUCCCAGUUUGGGUCAUAAACGGAGAAUGAUUAUAAUGGCAAUAACGAUGAUGAUAAAGGUAAUGAUGGUAAUGAAGUUGAUGACGAUAAUGAUGACGAUAAAAAUAACGUUUAUGUUCAUGUUCAUGAUGAUGGAGAUGCUAACGAUGAUGACGUCAUAAUUGUUCUCUAACCUCAUUUUGCAGUAGUACUUAGAAGGCAAGAGUUACUAAGCCGUUCUGCUUCUUUAACGUCUAUUACUUCUAUCUAUUUCAGAUAUUUCACGGUAAUAAUGGAAGAAACGACAUAGUUAAGAAUAAUCUAGUCGAACUCACUAGAGCGAGGUAUAUCCGGUUCCAGCCAGUUGCUUACUCAACACAUAAGGCUUUGAGGGUUGAAGUAUAUGGAGUACUGAAACCUACAGGUGAGUAGCCUUUUUACCUCACUCGUGUUUAUAAUUAACAGCAUUCGUCUAUGAGUAACUGUUAGGUAUUAAGGCUUUAAGUAACGUUAUGUAACUAGCUAACUAAAAACCGCGCAUAAGAAGGGUAAAACAAGAGUCAGUAAACACAUAUGGGCCUGUUAUGGAGAGAUGGACGUUGUGUGGCCGAACAAAGGAGAAAUUCUAUUGUAGUUAAAAUUUUAGACCAGGGGAAAUAAUAUUUACACUAGCAGCGUCUUGACGCUAAUCCCUCUCACGAGUGCCAAUUAUAAGACUAUUUUUUUAAAGCAUAUUUCUCCGUAAGGAUACUUUCAUCUGUACCUUUGGCUUUUAUGGGAACAAUCAUUCGUAAUCUCAACUAACUGACUAAAAAAGAAACAAACUAUCUGAGAGUAAAGUAUGGACAAAACAAGUAGUGUAAAAGAUUUUCACGCGAACGUCCAUAUCGAUGUCAAAGAAAAGUGUAGAUUAGGGGACGACUAUUACUUAAUCUCAAAACUCAUGAAGGCAAAUAAUGCUCAGUGAAAUAACUGUUGUAUUUUAGUUCCAAACCAAUCCCCAGGCAGCUUUGUCGUGGUUCCGCUGACCUCCACAGGCAUUCGUGCAGCAUGGAAACUACCUCCAUCAGCAUCCUGGCUUGUGGGCUCAAUCACUGGAUUUAAAUUGCUGUACAAAAGAAAGAGCUCUGUUGUAGACCCACUUCGCGUCGUGACCAUUGAAAGUAAUUCCACCCUUACCAUAGACGUCACAGGGCUUGGUAAAUAUACAGAAUAUGAAUUCCAAGUGUUGGCCUUUUCAUCUGCGGGUGAUGGACCAAGAAGCCCCAUCAUAUUAAUAAGGACUUUUGAAGAUGGUAAGGAGUGAUGAAAGCAAAGUACAAGUAAAACACGUAUAGUCAAACCUAUAAUGGCGCCUUACAUUUUUAAUUACUUGGCAACACAUUAGUUUAGUAAGAGUCAGAGUUGCACAUUGUCCAGCCAAAAGGUUAGAGUUGUGCUUCUUAAUUACCGUCGUCUAAUAUUAAAAAUGCAUCGAUAAAUUGAACAACAAAGAGUGCAGAAUAAGUGCCUGUUUACACGGAGUGGGGGACCCCGGUCUAGUGGGGUUGGUUUCUUUUGUUUUCACGCUCUUGGGGACACAAAACAAAAGAAACCUACCCCACUAGACCGGGGUCCCCCACUCCAUGUAAACAGGGUCUAAGUGUGGAGAUAGUAAUGAGAUGAUUAUGGCGAGGUCAUGAUCACGACAGUGGCUGAGGAGAAUGAGAUCAUGCCGCUGAUGUUGACGAUGUUGAUGAUAAUGACGAUUUUAAUUAUCAUUAUGAUCAGUAAUCGCUCGUGAUUCGAUCACUGGCAGGAAACAUUGUGAAUCGAAAUAUACAGACGCUUAAUAAUCUUAAUAAAACAAAUGAUAGUGUGUUAUGGUCAUCGAUGCUAAACCGGAUGCAGACGAAUGAUGCCUAGAAACACAAAACGCGCCGUGACCUGGUGACAUCACACUGUGGAUGACGUCAGGGCGGCUACCAACGGAUAUAUUCAUAGAAAUAUAGAAAUAUAUAUAGGUCAGCCGAGUUUGCAGGCCGCUAAGACCAUGCGCGGUCCACGCGUUGUGCGUGCGCUUCGCGCGCAACGAGAUUAUAACUCUCACCGCGAGGCCUUUUGCCUCACUUUGCGAGGAAUUGAAAGGAAAAUGCCUUUUGGUUGACGUGCGUCGCUCAAAAAUGACUCUGCUUAAGUUCCCUAUUAUGUUAUUGUUAUUGAAUUCGUAGAAACGUCCUCUGUAUAGGUACAAGUUUUUCUGACCUCUCUUAAAGCUCACAAUAUUUCACAGAAUAAUAGAAAAAUACUAGAGUUAAAAGUAUUUCUUAUCUUAUUUGUUCUUUGCUCUUUAAUUCAUUGUAUUUCAGUGCCUUCGCAAGCUCCUAUUAGCUUCACUUUGAAUGCAGUUUCCUCCACCAGUAUAACAGCUAGCUGGCAGCUUCCUCCGGCUCAUUCCAGAAAUGGUAACAUUACAGGAUUCAAACUAUUUUACAAAAAGGAAGACCCAGAGGGGUCACCAGUUUCCACAGUUAUUAUGAACGAUGGAGCAAUUCGUGUUAAGACUGUAACAAGGCUUGAUAAACAUACAGAAUUUGAAUUUAAAAUAUUGGCAUUUACUUCCGUUGGAGAUGGUCCUAACACCACUGUGAGAACUAUGAGGACAAAAGAAGACGCUGGUAAGAGAAGUUAA